AUGAUUGAGACCCAACUUGCUCAACUAGCUAGCACUAUCAAAGAGAAACAAGUGCAUACAAGUCUCCCACCCCAAGGUCAACCUCCUAAGCAAUUGUAUGCCAUUUUGACAAGGAGUGGGAAGACCUUAGAUGAUAGUGCUACGUAUGUUGAAGCUCCUAGCUCUAGGGGUGAGAGUUCUAUGGGAAAUGAGUCCUCGUACCGUGAUGAUGCGGAAGAGAAGUCUCAUGUCAACGACAUGAGUGUUGGUGAUAAGUCGAAGGAGACUCCUCUUCCUCCUCUCCCAACUCCUCCUCCCCCCUAUCCCCAAAGAGUUAAUAGACACAAGUUAGAUGUGCAAUUCUCAAAAUGUCUUGAGGUUCUUCGAAAAUUUCAUAUCACUCUCCCCUUUAUGGAUGCGUUGAAACAAAUGCCUACCUACUCAAGAUUUCUUAAGGAAAUCUUGAAUGGGAAGCGGAAUUGCGACGUAAAGGAGACGGUGAACCUCACCGAAAAUUGUAGUGCUAUCAUUCUUAACAAAAUGCCACCCAAACUAAAAGACCCGGGAAGUUUUUCUAUCCCUUGUGCUAUUAAGGAGCUUGAAAUAAGCAAUACCUUGUGUGAUUUGGGUGCUAGCGUUAGUAUACAACCUUAUUCGGUGUUUGCCAAGCUUGAAGUUGGUGAUCUUGUCCCAACCAACAUCACCUUGCAACGUGCCGACCGUUCGGUCAAGUACCCUAUUGGGAAGGUUGAGGAUGUUCCCUUAGUUGUUGGCGAGCUUACUUUCCUUGUGGAUUUCGUCGUCUUGGACAUUUAUGAGGAUGCCCAUACCCCCAUUAUCUUGGGGAGGCCAUUUUUUGCCACCACGGGUGCUUUUAUCGAUGUGAAAGAAGGACUAAUCACCUUGAAAGCGGGAGACGCCAAGGCUAGUUUCAAGCUUGCAAUUGAUGAACAUUGUUUCUCUAAAAUGAAAAGUUGCAUGAAAGUUGACACUCUUGCUUGUUGUGAUUUUGAGAUUGAUAGGAAGGUGAAGAAGGAUGUGCACGAGAGUUCCUUUGUGCAAGGAGAUCCCUAUGAUGGUGUCAUUACCAUUCCCGACACAUUCGGGAUGGAUCUUGAUGAUGAAAAGUCACUCACUCCGGCAUCUAAUGGUAAGAAGUGUAUGAGCAAGGAGUCCAAGCAAGGCAAUCCAAUGCCUAAAAGGACUUGGUUUGGUCCCCACUCAUUAAGUGGUGGUUUAGGUAAGUGGUUUGUUCCCAAGGAGGCCAAGAAAGGUUUGUUGACUAGUGUUGACCCGAGGUUUGUUGUGUUUGACCCCCCUUGA